AUGUCCUCUGACGAAUUAAAUAAACUACAAGCAAAAGCUUUACGUGCUAAAAUUAUGAAUUUGCCCAAUGCCAGUGAAUUGGAAAAACAAUAUGAGAAUGCUAGACUAGCGGCUGAGAAUAGUUCUAGUGGUGUGGAAUCAGAAACUCGUGUUGAGGUUUUGCCAUUAUUGGAUAGUCGAGGAAGGCCUUACGAUCUUGGUGGCUCUGCAUCAAAAUUUUCUCAGCAUGCGGGACCUUCUCGUCGUAAAAAAGAAAAGGUAUACAAUAAAUAUAUGGACGAGAAUGCUGAUAACAUAGCCAAAAUUUCACAAAAAUCCGCGGAACAAAAACGAUAUUUUGCUAUUGAAGGAGUAAUUUUCAUGGAGACGGUUGUAAAUUUGAAAUAUCAAAAUCAUACAGUGAUUGAAUGUAUACCGAUGCCUUGGGACUUGGCCCAAGAUGCACCCGCAUAUUUUAAGGAAGGUAUAAUGGAAAGCGGCGGCGAAUGGUCACAAAAUAAAAAGCUAGUAGACACGUCUAAAACUGGAUUCAGACGUUCAAUGGUUAAGGAAUUACCAUAUUUUCACGUUUGGUUUGGUUUGGAUAAAGGGUUUGGUCACGUUAUUGAAAAGGAAAAGUCAUUUCCCCGAUGGUUUGGCAAGGAAAUAGUUGCUGGUGUUUGUGAUUUACCACCAGAUGUUUGGAGACGUCCUAAAAAGCAAAAUCCACGUGAUAAUAGUACCCGUGUAUCAGAAUUUAUGAAAAAAUGGAAAAAGUGGGAUUGGACAACAAUACUCGAAGGAAAAUAA